UCAUUUUCGAAAGUCCCGCGAGUCCAGCCCCGCCACCUCAGCUAUAUUCACCUAAACUGCCUAAUCCUAUUCUGAGUGGUUUCAUUGUUCUUGCUAAAUUCCAUUCCAGCUUAGACUCCCUACAUACUUUGAUUGAUACCUUCUGCUCUAGGGUGUUACCGAUCCAGUUUCCGUAAGUUGGUGUAUCUGUGAUUUUCAACCCAAGAGAAGAGAGAAUGCAGCUAUCGUUUGAUGCGCCUCCUGAGUCCCCAGAUGUUGCGGCAAACCCUAACAACGAAGCAGAGGAAGAGAACCCCGAACUUGGGGCUUUACUCUCGGAGCAGAUGAGAACACACGAGUCCUUCUGCGAACCCAAUAUAAAACCGGAUGAGAUUAAUCCUAUCACUCCUGAGCCUCUUGGAGAGAAUGGAGACUUUGCCGUUCACCUUCAUUCUCCCCUUACCAUAGAAGCGAAACAACUCAAACUGGACUCUGAUUCAAAUGGUAGCCCUCGAACACCUAAAGGCAGUGUUUUUGACCCCUUUGCACCUGGUCCUGAACAUUUGAUGCGUGCGCCACAGGGUAAAAAAUAUCUUGAAUUAAAUAUCGGUGUUUCUAGGCGACUUGAUUUUCCUCACUCUCACUCUCUUGAUGCUUCCUAUGAUGAAGAAGAAUCUCUUUCGGAUCAAGAGAUCUUUGACUCUUUAUGCAAGGAUCUUAUGAAGGUCAUUGUUUCAAAUCAGACUGAGGUUGCUUAUUGUACGACGCCUCCUAAGCUUUUGCCGGUAUUCAGUGCCAGCCCUGGUACUUGUCCUCCUGCACCUAUCAAAUUGAGAUCAGGAGCCAAUCCAAGGAAUACGAAUACUGAGGUGGGCUUAUGCAAGAAGCUUGAGUUCUGACGAAGCUGAUCUAUAGUUAAUCCCAUACAUCCAUAACUGCUUUGUGUCCAGCUAAUUUUAACAUGUUUUGUUCUGAUCUUUUGAUCUCUAGUCUACCCUUUGAGACAAACAUGAACAUUUGCAUCUGACUAACAUGCUGGCAAGCAUUCCAACAGCAUUGUAUAGUAGUGUAGCCUAGUGUACCGAUUGAAUUUAAUUUAUUUUCUAUUUGUUAUUAUUUUAUGUUAAUUAGAUCAUCGCGAUAUAUUCUGCGAUGCUAUUUUUCUUUGUUCAA